AUGACUUCUUCGAAUUUUGUCACAAAAGAAGAGCUGAAAUGGUUGUUUGCGGAAGUGCUAGGAAUUCAAAAUGCACAGACUACCUUGGCCGGUAAAGAGCCUAUUAGCAAGAAGAAGAUUGAGGACAAGACAACGAUAGAGCGAGAAUUCGUGCCUCGAAGGUGGAAUACAAGACGGUCAAUGAAGUAUGAGAUUCCGCAAGAUGUGAAUACAAGAUUGUCGACUCUACCCGAGUUCGGGACGUGGAUGAAUUAG